UUAAGCAUAUAUGUAUAUAUAUUGCUAAGAUAUCUGCUGGCUUUAGGGACCAAACUUGUCAGACCAAUACCACAUGAAUGUUCCACAGUGACAGGUAAUUCAGUACAAGAGCGCUGGCACAGCUAGUUCUUGCACUAGGUGUGCUGUACAGAGAGAGGGUAUCCUGUCAUUCUAUUCUGAGCCGUCGCACCUGUGACUUUCCCAGCAUUCUUGCUUCACCUGCUCUGCACAUGAAGCACGUGUAUGCAACUCUCCAUAUGAGAUAUGUGUGUAUGGGAAUGCCUUAGUAGAUCACCCUAUCAAAACACAAAGCCUGUCAAAGGAGGUAGGACAGAAAUACAUAAGGGUGAUUCUUAAAUGGUGAGAAAUAUAUUGCCAAGAAUGAAAAGAUAGCAUAGUGUUAUAUAAAGUAAACCUAUAUCAUGUCUCAGUCCAGUUUGUUUAAAAUGUCACAGAUGAUGAUAAUUAACACAACUCAUGAAUCAUGGCUUUUGUGGCAUGUUAAAAAAAAAAAAAAAAACUGGGUGCUCAUACACUGAAUUGUAAGCUGUUGGUUAAGCUGUAUUCGCUAUACCAUUAGAAAGCUGACUGUGAAAGGAAAUCAGGACCCCUUGAACAGAUGCUCUUCGAACAGAAUCAUCAGCUCUUUUUCUAGACCAAUUGGCUGAAGCACUGUUAUCACUGCAGGAUAAGAGGAAGAUGUACAGUACAAAAAGGCCAUGCUUCACUUGAGCUUUCACCAUCGGCAACAUGACUCCUCUGAUUCUGGCGUUCGCUCUCUUCGCAAGUGCCUAUGGCUGCGGCCGGCCGGCCAUUGAGCCUGAGAUGACCCGCGUGGUCAACGGUGAGGACGCUCGACCCAACAGCUGGCCCUGGCAGAUCUCUCUGCAGUAUGAGCGUAACGGCUACAGACACACCUGUGGAGGAUCCCUCGUCGCCUCCAACUGGGUGAUGACUGCUGCUCAUUGCAUCGAUGAGAGUCUGACGUACCAAGUGGUGGUUGGCAAGCACAACCUGCAGCAGGCCGAGGACAGCGCUAAGGCCAUCCGGCCCGUCAAGAUCAUCGUGCACAGGCACUACAACCCCGUGCUCCUCUCCAUCGGCAAUGAUAUUGCCAUGAUCAAGCUGUCUGAGCACGUGCAGAUGAGUGAUGAGGUGCAGCUGGCCUGUCUCCCUGCUCCUGGUACCCUCCUGCCCCACAACUACCCCUGCUACAUCACCGGCUGGGGCGUACUCUCCACUGGAGGCCCCAGCUCUGACACCCUGCAGCAGGCCCUGAUGCCCGUGGUGGAGUACGACGUGUGCAAGCAGAACGACUGGUGGGGUGUGUCCAUCAGGAGGUCCAUGGUCUGUGCCGGGGGAGACGGCGUGGUGGGCGGCUGCAAUGGAGACUCUGGUGGCCCUCUGAACUGCAAGAACUCUGACGGAGUGUGGGAGGUGCAUGGCAUCGCCAGCUUUGUCUCUGGCAGAGGCUGCAACUACAUCAGGAAGCCCACCGUCUUCACCCGUGUCUCUGACUUCAAUGAAUGGGUUGACGAGGUACUGUUGAUUAAUACUGAUUAA